AACAACAAAUAUUUAUGCAUACUUUUAAACAACUCCCAAUAGUUUAUCAAGUUCUAUUAAUUUGAAAUCGAUGUCUCCAUAUGCUUGCGAGAAAGUACAAAAUCGAAUUAACAUUUGAAAUAUUUACUAUGGUUACAUAUGUGACAAAUAAUGCAACACAUAAAAAAGAGUGAAAUUAUAAAUACAAAAAGAAAUCAUAUACACAAAGAAAAAAGUGCCAUUAAAAAUAUUAGUGAAGAAAAGACAUUGGCAAACCGACUUCCAAAAGGGCUGGAAAUUAAAAAAAGUCUCAUUCCAAAUGCUGGUUAUGGUGUAUUUGCCACUGAAUUGAUUCAGAUUGGUAGGAAAUUUGGUCCAUUUGAAGGAAAAAAAGUUUCACCAGACACUCUAGUUGAUAGUCUUGACACCCGUUACAUGUGGGAAAUAAUAAAAGAUGGUAAUGUUUUACAUUGUAUUGAUGGAAAAGAUGAACAACUUGGCAAUUGGAUGAGAUUUAUAAAUUGUGCACGUGUUGAGACGGAGCAAAAUCUUAUGGCAGUUCAAUAUUAUGGUGAAAUUUUCUACAAUGUUUAUAAACAAAUAGAUAAAGGUAUGGAACUUCUUGUUUGGUAUGGUGAUCAAUACGCAAAAGAUCUAGGUAUAGAAGUUGACUCAACUAACGUUAAUCACGUUUGCAAGAAUUGUGGAAUAUGUUUUACCAGCGAUGAUUAUCUCAAUUCACAUUUGAGGCGUUGUAAAAAAGGAACUAUAAUGGAUAAUUUGAAAGUUUCAUCAAACAUUCUCAACGUUAACAAUGGUUUUUUUACAGCAAAUAAUACUAACCAAGCUUUUUUAUAUGGUACAUCUGAUGAACCAUUUAAAUGUAAAUAUUGUGAUUACAAGUUUGCAAGAAAAACAAAUUUAACGAUACACGAACUUACUCACAAUGGUGAAGAACCAUUAAAAUGUAGGUUCUGUGAUUAUACAUGUGCUUGGAAAACAAGAUUAACACUGCAUGAACGAACACACACCGGUGAGAAACCAUUUAAAUGUACAUACUGUGACUAUAGAAGUGCUUGGAAAACGAGGUUAAUGAUACAUGAGCGAAUUCACACCGGUGAGAAACCAUUUAAAUGUACUAACUGCGAUUAUAAAUGUGCUAGCAAAUGUCAACUAACAUCGCAUGAACAAAUCCACACUGGUAAAAAACCAUUUAAAUGUACUUAUUGCGGUCAUCAAUUCGCAAAAAAAACCACUUUAAAAAUGCAUGAAAGAACUCAUACUGGUGACAAACCAUUCAAAUGCUCAUUCUGUGAUUAUCAAUCAAUACAAAAUAGCCGUAUAAAAUCGCAUGAACGAGUUCAUACUGGAGAAAAACCUUUCAAAUGUUUCUUUUGUGAAUUUAUUUGUGCGCACAAGAAAAAUUUACAAUAUCAUGAGCAAACUCAUACCGGCGUGAGACCAUAUCAAUGUAGUUUGUGUAAUUAUAAAACCAUGAAGAAAACCCAUUUAGUGCGACAUAUAAGAACUCACACUGGUGAAAAACCGUUCAAGUGCUCUUACUGUGAUUACGAAUGUAUUGAGAACUCGCGAUUAAAAAAACACGUACUCACGCACACGGGCGAGAAACCGUACAAUUGUGCAUAUUGCAAAAUAGGAUAUUCAGUAAAAAAAAGGCUAAAGUUACAUGAACUAACUGAACACACCGACAAGAUAUCAACAGCUGAAGCGGAACUUAAAUCUACUUAGUAUUUUAUUUUUUAAUAUCUUUUUUAUAAAUACCUUAAUUCUUGUGUGAGACCAAGUAGCCCAAGAGUUUUAUUUUAUUUUAACUGUAAUGAAAGAAAGAAAAAAAUGGUUCCUUUGUUGGCGCAAGUUUUCUUUCAAUUUAACUAAAUGUAAUAACUACGAGUUUAGUUAUAUUAUUUAAUUAUAUUUUUUAUUAAUUAAUUUUACUAUA